CGCCAUAUUGUUUGCUACACUACCGCCUUCUAAAGUAAAAAACUUUAGGAGGGUUAUAACCGAGUAUCGUCACUUCGUUUUCGUAUUAAUUGUCCAUGUGAAUUUGUCUUGUUUUGAAGUGAAUUUACUCCAUUGUGUUGUCUAGUGUACAUACUUUUCAUUUAAUGCACGAAUAAAUCAUUCAACUUUCGUGGUAUUCGUAGAGAAAUCGUUGAUACACUAUCGUGUAUCCUUAAUACACGACAUUCAAUCAAGAAUUUCGAAAUAUGGCUGCUGCUGCUGCUGCUGCUCUGCUUGAUGAGCUUAUGGGAAGAAACAGAAAUGUUCUUCCCAACGAGAAGCCUAAAGAACUUAAUUGGGAAGAUCCAGAGUUUUGCAAAUUGUAUUUAGUCAAAUUUUGCCCCCACGAUUUGUUUGUUAAUACGAGAGCCGAUUUGGGCGCGUGUUCCCGGGUACACGAUGACGAGGCCAGGGAAUUGUUUGAAAAAGCGCCAUAUUCGUACCGAAAACAACAAUACGAAGAUGAAUUUAUUAGGUUUUGUCAAAGCAUGUUGAAUGAAGUUGAAAGGAAGAUAAUCAAAGGGAAGCAACGAUUAGCUCUUAUUGGAAGAACAGAGGCACCUACUUUAACACCAGCACAAACUCAGAGAAAUGAAGAACAAAUUGCACUUUUAACCGAAAAGAUUAACAAGUUGGUAGAAGAAGCAGAACAAAGCGGGAUACAAGGCAAUGUGGAACAGGCUCAAGGUUUGAUGAGACUAUGCGAUCAGUUGAAAGAAGAACGAGAAACGUUAAGAAAAUCUAAUGAUAAUAGUCACUAUAAUCAGACCGCUGAAUUGGCUGCUGCACAAGAGAAACAAAUGGAAGUGUGCGAUGUUUGUGGUGCAUUUCUCAUUGUGGGAGAUGCUCAACAACGAAUCGACGAUCAUUUAAUGGGGAAACAACACGUUGGAUACGCCAGAUUAAAGAGUGCCCUUCAAGAAAUUAUGAGUAAACGUGAAAAGGCUAGAGACGAGAAGGAACAAAGAAGAGAAGAAGAUAGAAAGCAAAGAGCACGCGCUAACGAAGAUCUUGAUAGGCGAAGAAGAGACGACAGAGAUCGGGAUCGAGAAAGGGAUAAACGUCGCAGACGCGAUGACGAUAAAGGUAGACACGAUUCAAGCAGCCAUAGAAAUUCUGGACAUAGAAGCAGAAGCAGGUCAAGAGAUAAACAUGACAAGCAUCGAGAUGAUGAUCAUCGACGUCAUGCUCGCGAUAAAGGAAAUCGUGAUCAUCGUAGCUCGAGUCACCAUAAUCGACGCCGCCAUCGAUCUAGAAGUCGAAGUCACAAGUAACUACUCUUGAUUGGUUAGUGAGUGAGAACUAAGCCAGGUAUGCACUAAACAAUAUAUACCAUAUCCGUCUCAAUUACUAUACAGGUUCUUUACCAGGUGAGUUUCAUUAGAUGCACAUAAUGUAUACAUGAUAAUUAUCUGUAAUUUUGAAGAAUGGCAUAGUCACAGCGAGCCAGUCCUCUGGUCCUGCCUAUUAAUCGGAGAAACACUAUUACUAAAUUUCAUACGGACCUGACUGUGUACAGCGUUUAAUUUUCAAAGUGACGAGCUUGCUCUAUGUAACAUAUUACCGAAAAAAAAAAAAAAAAUGGUGCAUCAAGGUAAUGUCGAGCAAGGGAUAGUAAAAUUGUGUUCCCAUACGAAAGGUAUUUCUAUCAUGUAGUAUUAUAGAUAUUGUCUACAGAGCAAGAUAGGAGAAGGUAUACCUAUCCUUGCUUUGAUCGGUAUAAUGUCUUCAUAGGGUAAAUCAAUGACAUAUAUAAUUUCAACGACUGCAUAGCUUUUUUUUGUCGAAAAGAAAUUAGUGGUUUAGUGGAGGAAACAGUGCCUACUUCCGUAGACCUGCUACAACAGUGCCCUGUGUGACUGUGACUAUACAAUCCUAGCUUCUACUACGCAUUUCUGAGGUAUUUAUAUCGGAAUGAUAAUACCAAACAUGUCCUUUUAUUAGGAAAGUUAGACAUUUUCAGAAAACGGUGACCUUUAUUUUCGAGCGAUAUUUGAUUGCUUAAAGUUAUGAUAACAAACUCCUGCUCUUACUUUCCUUAUUCCCUGAUUGUAAUUUAUUCGAUUGUAAUUGUAAUAUUCAGUUUAAAGUUGAACAAUGGUUUUUACCAAUUAGUCAGGGAAGAUUUCUACGAUAGGGCCAAAGAAAUAAUCAUGAUAGUUGAAUUCACCUACUCUAUGUAAUCCAGAAAUGUAAUAUAUUUUUAUUUAAUAGCCGUCUGGCAAUGAUUUAUAAACCGUGUAUAUUAAUUGUUAUCUUUAGAACUUUAUUUAAAAAAAGUUCAAGAAACAAUAUGAUGCUGCAUAUUCUUCUUCCCUUUGCAUGCAUUUUUUCUCCGUUACUUUUAAUUCUGAAAGACAGGACUUGGCGAAGCUCAAUCGUGUUUUCUUGUUCGAAAGUCUUGAAUAUCAAUUGUUAUAUUGUCAUGGUAAAUCAUUUGAAGGUUGCUGACAGGUCACAUGGAUUGUGUAUUAUGGCGAUCCAAGGAUAUUCCUUUUAAUCAUAUCUUGUCUUAUUCUUUUUGUCACAUCCUUCAUUUCGGCUUGAUAGAAGACUCAUACUUUAUACGCGCACUACAUUUGUGUGAUCUCGUGUUUGUUCGCGAUAAAUUAUUCAUCCCUCGAUUAAUCUGCUUUUGGAAGCAACUAGAUUUCGAACAAAAAGUAGAAAAAUGAUAGUUUAAAAAAAGAGAACCGUCUUGUAUUGUUACAUUGGGAUAAAAGAAAAAUCCUAUUGUUAAAAGGUUUGUAAAUAAUAUCACAUUUAACAUAUUAUUUUCAUUUAACUUUCGCAUCAUUCUGUUAUCAUAAUAUAUUUAAUUAUAAAAAUUAAGUAAUUUACUAUGUAACAGUAAAGUAUCUAAUUUUAUUUUUAUUCUAAACUUACAAAUUAAUUCUGUUUAUUUCCAAUGUUUCAAACAAAGAUGAUCAGUUAUAUAAUCUGCUUUUUCACACAUGUAGCCGACAGAAGUAUGAAAUAAUUUUUUUUAAUAUCAUACAUACAAUAUAUAUACAUAUAUUAGGGCAAGUUAACAAAUAAUAUACAAAUAUGUUAUCCUGCUGUUUGGUAAUGACAGAAAUUAAUAUGAUAAAAUUCUAUUGAAAUCAUGAUUUCUGAAGGAUAUGUUGUCUAUUUUCAGACAGAAGAUAUGCCAUGGGGAUGUAACCACUACACGGACUCACUUGCACACUGCUUAAUAUAAUAUUAAGGUAAAGAUUUUGCAUAAUCUAAAAAAAUCCAACAAAUCAAAUUUUAUUCACUUGCGUUUGAAUUCAUUUUUACUGCAUUGCGCUAUUUCGAAUUUAAUUACAAAAGUCAAGAACUUAAAAUUUAAUAUAAAGUAUUGUUAUCAGUGUUAUAUCAUGAAAUCAAGAAACAGUUCAAACGAUUUAUUAGCAAUUCAUUCGUAUUUGAUGCAAAUGUUACUUUGGAUUUUCUACAUAUUAAAAAAAAGACAUCAAAGUAAAUUAUCUAUAAUUUGCAUUGUAAUAUUCAUAAGAUUGUUAAUUGGAAUUAAUAAAACAGUACUGCAUUGAA